GUAUAGUCAAUGGUUUGAUGAAUAGUGUAGUCAAUAGUGUAGUGAAUAUCUCGACUCAAUUGAAGCCAAGUCUAUAGCCAUAGAGUUAUAGCCAUAGAGUUAUAGCCAUAGAGUUAUAGCCAUAGAGUUAUAGCCAUAAGUGAUAAGCCAUUCAACCAUUUUUAAAGAGCUAUCGACUAAUCGAUAGUUAACUCAUAAAAACAUUGAUUUGUUGUUAAUAUCUAUUAAAUGAUAGCAAAUGAUAAAAGUGUUGAAUAUUUGUUAAUUAAGUGACAAAUAGAUUGACAUAACUGUCAAUAAAUGUGUUGUUUUUGCGCCAAAAGUGUUGUCAAAACAUUUGACGCAAUGUUUACUGCGAUAUAAACUGACUGUCCAUUUGAUGUCCACAAGUGAUGGCCAUCACUAACCACUAAUGUUAUGAUAUGCCAGCUCUAAGAUCAUCACCCAUUGUCCCGAUGGCCACACAUUUGCCUCCAUUGGCUACAAACCUGAGACAACACUUGUCGAGACAUUGCGCCAAUCAAUCCAAUGAUGACAUAAAUGAUAGCAAAAGGUUUGACAUUAAAGACAAAAUUAAAAGCAAACACAAGAAAUGUCUGAAUGAUAAACAAAUUGAGUUUUCAAACAAAAGAUAUAAACGUUUUUCGCACAAAAAGAAGAAAAAAUUUAUUAAAACGAAAAAGAAAUGUUUCAACAAUUUUGCCGAAACUGCAGAUCUGAAACACAAGAGAAAGACAUCCUUAAGAACUUAUAAAGUGAAGAACAAAUCUUUGCCAUCAAUUGUUUGCGGACACAAUCAUAGUAUGACUGAUACAAACCAAACACAGAAUCAUCUGUUGGCCAACAAAUCACGUAAAACAAGUCUCAGAAAAUUUAAUGUCAAUACAAAUGACAGCACUUUUACUAAGAAUUUGUUGUAUAAGAAAUCUAAUGAUAAUUUGUGUGGUAAUGAAUCUAAAGUUGAAUCUCACUGUUUGUUACAACAAACUAAUGGUUACAUCAAUGCCGACCACAUAAACGAUAAUCAUUUAAUUCAUAAUUUAAAUGACAGUAAUAAUAAUGACAUAAAUAGUGACAAAAGAGUACAAAUAUAUUGUAAUUCUUCAUACGAUUCAUCCUUUUACUCUUCAGAUCACAGUAAUGAAGAAACAUCCGAUUGGGAACCUAUGGAUCCGUACUAUUUCAUCAAAACCUUACCGCCAUUGACUCCCGAAAUGAGAUCCCGUUGUUCCGCUUUACCUUUGAAAACCCGAAGUUCACCCGAAUUUACUCUUGUUUUAGAUUUAGAUGAAACAUUAGUUCACUGUUCUUUGACCGAGUUGUCGGACGCGACCUUUACAUUUCCGGUCACAUUUCAGGACAACGAGUACAAGAUAUAUGUGCGAACCCGACCAUACUUUAGGGAUUUCUUGGAAAGAGUUUCUCAACUUUUUGAAGUAAUACUAUUCACUGCAUCCAAGAAAGUCUAUGCCGACAAACUUCUUAAUCUUUUAGAUCCCGAUCGCAAACUUGUUAAGUUUCGACUAUUUCGUGAACAUUGUGUCUGUGUUUCGGGCAAUUAUAUUAAGGAUCUGAAUAUAUUAGGCCGUGAUUUGUCCAAAACUAUAAUUAUUGACAACUCUCCGCAAGCAUUUGGAUAUCAACUGGAAAACGGAAUCCCUAUCGAGAGCUGGUUUGUCGACAAAAGUGACUCAGAAUUGCUUAAAUUGAUCCCUUUUCUCGAAGAUAUUGUUUCAAUGAAAGGAGAUGUAAGGCCUCAUAUAUGCAAUAAAUACCAUCAGUCAUGCCAUCACAUGUUAUCAUAUGAUUGAUUAUAAUUUGCAAUUAAUUACCGGUACUUUUGAAUCCCU